CUCCCUUACCUUCCUUUCGGAAAAUUUACAAGAAAAUGAACAAGGUGAAUUGAACGCAUUUGCGGCGGGGUGUUGCCUUUGUUGCAGUGCUUCUUUGCAGACAUGGCUUCUGAAGGCUUGAAAUUUGCAUGGAACAAAAAAUCGGUGGGUAACACUCGCAAACCUGUGCCUUCUGGUGGCAGUGGCAUGACCAUUGCGCAGGAGGCGGCACGAAAUGUGGAUCCUGCGACAGGUCCAAAGACGGCCGAGGAGGAAGAGAAGCAGCGGAAGAGAUUGGAAACAUGGAAAAAAAUUCAAGAAAAGGACAAAGAAAAGGAAACGGACAAGGAGUCUGAGAUUGAAAGCAAACUCAACAAAUUGUCCACCCGGAAAAAUGAAGAUGACAAAGAACGGAAAAUGGCACAAGUCCGUGCUGCCUUGAAAGAGGUGAACCAACGAAAUCGUGAUUUAGGAGUCCGCAAGAAGCGCAAGCGGAAGACGUCGAGUUCCAGCUCCGAGGUGAUGAUCACGUCCACGGAGAACACCGAUGUGAUCAUCACCCGAGCCGAUGGCGGUCGCAGUGGUCGGGCCGGUGCAGCUGGUGCAGCUCCAGCUGCCAGCGGCACCAUCGACAUCGAUGAAGAGCCCGAUGAAGAGCCCGAUGCGGCCGGCGAGGCCGGCGAGGCAGACUUGGAGGCUACGACCUUUGUGUGAAAA